AUCACUACAUUUCUGCACCACUCAUCAAAACUCUGCGGCAUGCAGACAAGAGCUGGGGGGAGGGCAGUUAUUAUAGGUCUGUUCUGGGUGCUGGACUUCCAGCUUUUACAAUUCCUCUCAUAGCUUAGGUCAUAGUGCUCCUUUUUUUGCUUUAUUUACCGUUACUUUAUGUGAGCAGUGUUUGAGUAUAGACUUCUAUAAUUGCCGGGCUCCCCCUUAUAUAGCGACGGCGGUGCGGCAGAGCGAUCACUCUGCUGUCUAGGUAAUUGUACCAACCCAUUGGGGCGCUUUCAUUAGAGGCUUGGAGUAAAAAAAAAACAACUUUGUUUUAGGACAAAAUGGCAAAUGAAGGCAAAGGCGAGUGGAAGGAGUACGUGUGGAACCCCAGGACGAGGGAGUUUCUGGGCAGAACGGCGAGCAGCUGGGGUCUCAUCCUUCUCUUCUAUUUGGUUUUCUACAUCUUCCUUGCUGGUUUCUUUGCGCUCACCAUGUACGUCAUGAUGCAGACGCUGGAUGAACACAAGCCAACCUGGCAGGACAGGCUCACCACACCAGGCAUGGUGAUUAGACCUCAUGCAGAGGAAAGCUACGACAUUAUUUACAACAUCCAGAACACUGAGAGCUGGGACCUGUACGCUCAGGCUCUGGACAAGUUCCUGUCACCAUACAAUGAAUCCGUCCAGACCCAGAAAAACGACGAGUGCGUCCCAGACAAGUAUUUCGAGCAGAGAGACAGCGGCGAUGUGAAGAACAACCCGAAACGCUCAUGUCAGUUCAGCCGUACCGUUCUUCAAGAUUGCUCUGGACUCAUAGACCGUUACUAUGGAUACCAGGACGGCAAGCCAUGCAUCAUCAUCAAGAUGAAUCGGGUGAUUGGGAUGCUGCCAGGAAAGGAUGGACAGGCUCCGUCCGUCACCUGUGGCCCAAAGAAAGAAGACGCUGACAAAAUCGGAGAGAUGCUCUACUUCCCUCCAAAUGGCACUUUUAACCUAAUGUACUACCCUUACUAUGGCAAGAAAGCUCAGGUGAACUACUCUCAGCCUCUGGUUGCCGUCAAGUUCCUCAACAUUACCGUCAACGAAGAUGUCAACAUCGAGUGCAAGAUCAACGCCAACAACAUUCCCAUUGGAAGUGAAAGGGACAAGUACGCUGGGAAGGUUUCUUUUAAGCUGAGGAUCAACACCAACAAAUAGGUUUACCGCUGAACACUCCUUACUUCAUUCUCUGCAACCGUGCACAUACACAGAAAAAAAUCACAGCAUUCACACCCUUUGUGGGAUUUGUUUACAACCCCCCUCGAAAUGUCUUUGGGGUGGGAAUUGUUUUUCCAGUUGUGGGGCGAGAGGAGGCUAAAAUAAAAGGGUGGUAAUCCUGUCAUUGUUUCUGUCUGUGAGCAAUCAGACAAAUUCUCUGCUGUAAAUUAAUUUGAGGUGACAUCUAUUUAUACUGCAUGACAAACUAGAGGAUAUAAAGGAUGUGUUUUCAACAUUUUUGCAAGGAUCAGCAACAUUAUCAAGGUAUUGCUGCUCACUUCCUGCUGCCUCCUUAUGGAGUGUCCCUCUAUAUAUGAAUAUACACAGAUUACAAUACUACAUGUGUAUAUCUACAGUAUUUAUACAGCAUCAUAACCUUAUAUCAGUAUGUCUAUUUCGUUGCACUUGAAAGAAUAAUCCAACAUUGCAUAAGUCUUGAUGGAUGGAUGCAGAGAUGAAGCCAUUUGCAUGUAUGUAUUGUCCUAAGUGUGCUAUGAUGGCAGGAGGCCUGCAACGUCCCACCUCUGCUCAGUUUGAAAGAAGGUGAAGUUAAACAACUGGCCACCAGGAGGGACCACACUGUAAUCUUUAACCUUCAUGCACUGUUGAGGUUGUUAGUUAAAAAAAUAGGAGAGAGUAAGAUCUCCAACAUAUGGAGAGUAAUCGAUAGAGGUGAAGAAAAGAAAUGAAUACCAGGGUGUUUGUGUCUUUCUCUGUGUGUGUGCUCCAUUUUCAGCUCCCAUUUCAUAUUGUAGGUCGGGAAGUUGCAUGCAAUGUGCAAUAUUCAUAAAUUGGCAUACAUUAUGAAUGACUGUGUCCAUUCAUCAGAUGACUCUUAUUAAAUAGUAAUUAUUUUGGGGUAAUUUAAUCUCAACACCGGUUGUUUAAUCUGAGAGCAGCUGGUAACACAGAUUAAUACUUCGGUUUCUGUGAACGGUUGCAGCAAGACCAGAUGAUUAUUGAUCAGAUAUAGAAGAUAGAUACUUCUUUUUUUUUUUAACAACCAAGACUUUAGUUCCUUGCAAGAUAAACAGAUCUUUAGCAUUUUGGCUCUGAAACCACAGUUUUAUUUGUCAUCCACUAUCUGAAUGUCAUGUGAGGACAGCAAAAUUGAACCUUUAGUUUACAUUAGUGUGUCUGUGUGUUUAUUCCUACAGUGAAAUCCAAAGUUGUUCUGUUGUGUCUAAGUUUUUUAAAUUAAUUUUAACAUGAACAUUUAGAGUUGCUUUUUUGUGUGUGUUUUGCAUCUAUUUUGUUUGUAUAAAAAUAGAUGCCAUUGUCAUAUUUUUUUAUGUUUGGCACUGGAAGUGUGCUUCUUCUUCAUCUUCUUUUCAUUCUUCUUCGUUUUCUUCUUCUUCUUCUUUUAUUAAUCCAAGUUGGUUUAAUAAAUAUAUUGACAAUUUUGGAAAAGGAUCAUGUAUAAAUUUUGUUUUGGGUUUCCUAUGAUUCGCUCAUGGUCAUUUUUCAGCCUUUAAAGUAUUUGUCCUGUAGUUUACCUCAGUGUGACUAAAUAUGCAUAACUAGGGUUGGCAUGAAAAGACAAAAAACUGGAGAUCUACUUUAUUGGCACUCUCUUUUUUGUCGGAUUAGUAUGAAGAAAAACCAUCAUCGCAACGGCAACACGACCGAUAUCGUUCAUACUCAGUCAUACAUGACGGAGUUUGCUGAGUUUGGUGCUGAAACUGUAAACCUCGCAUACAUUUAAGAUGGUGCAAGGACGGAUGCGUUUCUUUUGACUUUAUCUUUUAAUAACACACCUGCAUAGGUCGGUUAGAGGAGCUGUGGCGUCACACUUGGAGAUUUGGCACCGCUGCAGAGCCAAAGCCGCUCAGCGCGCUCCCGACGCCGCGCUGCAGCGACCGUGCAUGUCAAGCAGAGGUCUGACUGGACUCCACAGCUUAAUUGCUGCCGGUUCGGCAUCUUCCUCACAGUCAGUGGUCCAAAUGGGACGACAUUAUCCGACCCUGAUUUGAUAGAGAAUAAAAGAAAGACAAGAGAUGUAAUGCGAUUAUCUAAUCUUAAUCUGGGCCUCAUUCAGAGAGUUCUCUUUUUUAUUAUUAUUAUUAUUAUUAUUAUUCACUUUUGUGACUCCACUAACCAGUUCACGGGCAUUUUCUCCUCUGGCCUUUAGCAACACUUGCUUAAUUUCACUGUAAUCUCUUAAUCUGUUCUACUAAUCCCGAGCGGGCACGCUGAACUUCUUUACCCUACUUUGUCGCUCUUCCUCGUCCUUCUCCUCGCAUGAAACGCCUGCUCUGUUCCUCUAAAGCGUCAUUCUCAUCAUUCUCAUCAUUCUUCCAGUCCUUUUCCAACCACAUUCCUCCAAACGCUACACUUCUGAUCAAAUGUUUGGCUCCAGUGUCUCAUUCAGCAUUGUCAUGUUAUCCAUGUGUGCUUGAAGAUUGCUGUCUUAACCAAAGAUCUUCAUGACAGUUUCAAACAUAUUCGUGUGCACUGCACUAACAAAUCCUCAGUGGCAGGUUUUAAUUCAUCAAUAGGAUUCAUGUUGGUGAAUUUUAAACUCCUGCGUUACACAACAAACGCACAAAAAAGAAUAUGCUUCAGUACAAGAUAUCAGUGCCUCCUGGUGGACAGAUAGUGUUGCUCCCCAGAGCCGCAUUAGUUUCUGUCAUUUCCCUUUAUUUGUCUGUUAACAUUUGGAAAUGUCCUCAAAGAGCAAUAUAUUUAUUCCCUUUGUCGGUGUAUGAUUGUUCACUCAAAAGGUUGUAAUUAAAGUAUCCUCAAAAGCAAAGAGGAAGAACCAAGGACCAUUACAGCGAUUGCAUUAAGACAAUUUAGAAAUAAUUGCGUUGUUUAUAAAAUACUAUUUUUAUUGUAAAGAGGAGAGAAUGUAUUAGCUGGAUUGUACUGUGAAAGCUAUCUAUAGAUGUUCUGAAUCUAUUUCACUGGAAGGUAAAAGAGUUUUCUUUUUAUUUUCAAGUUUUUACCAUCAUCUGAAUCUGUUUUGCAUUUUUAAAAAUGAGCUUUUAAAGCUUGCAAUCAAAGUCCUAGUAGGACGUAACCCUCCGAGCACUUUCAAACUGACAAAGCUGCUCCUUACAAAUGCAGAAGAGUCACCUCUUCAUGUCUCAAAAUAGGGGGAAAAACAGGCAAAACACCUCAUUUCUUGCACUUAUCCUCCCAAUGUUCAACUGCACUGAUGCUUAAGAUUGUUUUGAAAGGAUUGUAAAAACAUAAAAUUUGUGAAAUUUGCUCAAAGAGUUGCCCAAAUCAAUGAAAAUGUUGUGGAUCUUUUGCUGUAACUGUAUGUAUAUUUUUGCUCAUGUUUACUGCAAACCCAGAUAGAGAAAUUAAUAAAUAUAAUUUAAGGGAACUCAAACUUCAGU